GCGGGCAGCAGCGACCUGUCUCUUUAAGUUGGUGUCAAAGCCGAUUACCGCUGAUCUCCGUCGUGAUUCUGUUUUCAACGUCUGUUCCCUCAAUCUAUUUCUGUUUGGCGCCGCUGACGCUCCGGUAACAUUUCUCCUUUUCAUACAUUUAUUUUGUUUUUUACCGGCCGGAUAAGAAAAACGCUCCGGUAACUCCUCGGUAAAGUUUGGAGCAUGGAAACGCCGUGAAGUGUCCAGUGGAGCACCGAGUGUGAUGCGCACUGCGCGGCGGGACUCUCCAACUUUUUGUGCCAUGGUAAACCGGGAUUACCGCUCCCUGCUAACGGACUCCGCUUUCUCUCCGAUGCGCCUCCGCUAGAAAUAACGAGUGAGCGCCCGGUGGUGAUGUGAUGUGAUGCUCCGGGUUACUGUUUGAAGUUGGCACCAAAAUAGAAACCACAAAAAACCAAAAACCCCGGGUGAACAUAAGAUGCAGAAGGGCGUGCGGUACAAUGAGGGCCACGCUCUGUAUCUGUCGGUGGUGGCGCGUAAAGAGGGCACCAAGCGCGGCUUCCUCAGCAAGAAGACCACGGAGAACAGCCGCUGGACCGAGAAGUACUUCGCCCUCUACCAGAACGUGCUCUUCUACUUCGAGAACGACCAGAGCACGAGGCCCUCCGGGAUAUACCUGCUGGAGGGAUGCACGUGCGAGCGGGCACCGGCGCCAAAGGUCUCCGCCAUCAGCAAGGAGCCGAUGGAGAAACAGCAGCACUACUUCCUGGUCAUUUUUGGUCACGAUGGACAGAAACCUUUGGAGCUCCGGACAGAGGAGGAGUCAGACUGCAAUGAGUGGGUGGAGUUCAUCCAGCAAGCCAGUUACUCCGACAUCAUCAUCGAGCGUGAGAUCCUGAUGCAGAAGUACAUCCACCUGGUCCAGAUCAUGGAGACUGAGAAGGUCGCAGCCAAUCAGCUUCGCACUCAGCUGGAGGACCAGGACACUGAGAUCGAGAGGCUUAAAGCCGAGAUUGUAGUGUUGAACAAAACCAAGGAGAGGAUGCAGCCUUACCAGAGCAACCAAGAGGAGGAAGACCCAGAUAUUAAAAAGAUCAAAAAGGUGCAAAGCUUCAUGCGAGGCUGGCUGUGCCGGAGGAAGUGGAAGAUCAUCGUCCAGGACUACAUCUCUUCCCCUCAUGCCGAGAGCAUGAGAAAGAGGAACCAGAUUGUCUUUAACAUGGUGGAAGCGGAGACGGAAUACGUCCACCAGCUCUCCAUCCUGGUGAACUGCUUCCUCAGGCCGCUCCGCAUGGCUGCCAGCUCCAAGAAACCUCCCAUCAGCCACGAUGACGUCAGCAGCAUAUUCCUCAACAGUGAGACCAUCAUGUUCCUGCAUGAGAUCUUCCAUCAAGGUCUUCAAGCUCGCAUCGCCAACUGGCCCACGCUCGUCCUAGCGGACCUGUUUGACAUCCUGCUGCCCAUGCUGAACAUCUACCAGGAGUUUGUGCGCAACCACCAGUACAGUCUGCAGGUUCUGGCCAACUGUAAGCAGAACAGAGACUUUGACAAGCUGCUGAAACAGUACGAGUCCAACGCUGCCUGCGAGGGCCGCAUGUUGGAGACGUUCCUCACUUAUCCCAUGUUCCAGAUUCCACGAUACAUCAUCACUCUCCAUGAGCUGCUGGCGCACACGCCUCACGAGCACGUGGAGCGCAAGAGUCUGGAAUUUGCCAAAUCCAAACUGGAGGAGCUGUCAAAGAUGAUGCACGACGAGGUGAGCGACACCGAGAACAUCCGGAAGAAUCUGGCCAUAGAGAGGAUGAUCGUAGAGGGCUGUGACAUCCUGUUAGACACCAGUCAGACCUUCGUCCGACAAGGCUCUCUCAUCCAGCUGCCGUCCAGCAGCGAGCGGGGCAUGCUCAGUAAGGUCCGCCUGGGCUCCCUCUCACUGAGGAAGGAAGGAGAGCGACAGUGUUUUCUGUUCACCAAACACUUCCUCAUCUGUACCCGAACAUCAGGAGGAAAGCUUCACUUGCUCAAGCAAGGAGGUGCGCUGUCUCUGAUAGAGUGUACUCUCAUCGAAGAACUAGAUGCCAGCGAUGAGGACUACAACGCAGCGGGUCAAGGCUUCAACCAUCUGGAGUUCAAAAUCGUGGUGGAGCCUCCCGACGGCCAGUCCUUCUCCGUUGUUCUCUUGGCUCCAUCUCGUCAAGAGAAGGCUGCAUGGACCAGCGAUAUCAGCCAGUGCAUCGAUAAUAUCCGAUGUAACGGCCUGAUGACCAGCGUGUUUGAGGAGAACUCCAAAGUUUCUGUGCCGCACAUGAUCAAGUCUGACGCCCGACUGCACAAAGACGACGUCGACAUUUGCUUCAGCAAGACGCUCAACUCCUGCAAGGUGCCACAGAUCCGAUACGCCAGCGUGGAGCGUCUGCUGGAGCGACUGACGGACCUGCGCUUCCUCUCCAUAGACUUCCUUAACACCUUCCUCCACACGUACAGGAUCUUCACCACAGCUGCCGUAGUCAUCGACAAGCUGGCUGACAUCUACAAGAAGCCGUUUACCUCCAUACCUGUUAGGAUCGAGCAACAUUCAUGUGAUCGUCUGUCCAUCAUGUCCCUCUGUCCUGACUACAGUCUGAAGAUCACACAGCUUGCACUGGACCAGUCCAAGUCUCUGGAGCUGUUCUUUGCCACCAACCAGGGCUCGUGGGCAACCGACCCCUUGAACAACAAAUCCCCGAGGCUGUGCCGCAAGUUUUCCUCUCCUCCUCCUCUCACCAUCCCCUCUCGCACCUCCUCCCCCGUCCACUGCCGCAAGCUCUCCCUCACUUCCCCGGUCAGCGGGAAAGCAGGAGCCUUGGACCUGUCCACCACCCCUUCCUCCUCUGCAGCCAACUCCCCCACCUCCAGCCACAGCCCCUCCAUCUCCUCCCCUCCUCCUGGCUCGACCAGGCCCCCAUCUGGCUUUUCCUCUCCUCCACCCACCGCCACGCGCUCUCCCAGCCUCCCCCAGGCCUCUGGGGUGUCCUCGCCGCCCCCCAUCUGCACCAAAGCCCCGCUGGACCUCAGCCGUGGUCCCAGCUCCCCCGAGCUGAGCCCAGCUGCAGGGGAGGACGUCAGCGGAGAGUUGCCUCGCCUCGACGCCUUCUGUGGGAAGCUGAGGCGCAGCAUCCGCAGGGCUGUCCUGGAGUCAGUAUCUCUGGACAAGUUCAUCCCUGAAUCACCAGCCAACAGCGAGCCGGGCGACAUGUCUCCCUGCCGCUCACCUUCAACGCCAAGGCACCUCCGCUACAGACAGACAGGAGUCACAUCGGGGGAGAACUCUCGCUGCACGAUGUCGCCGGCUUCAGCGUUUGCGAUCGCCACUGCUGCUGCUGGACAUAGCAGCUCCCAGGGUUUUAGUAAUUCUGAGAAAUCCUGCGACAAAGAAUUCAUCAUCCGGAGAGCUGCGACCAACAGAGUCCUGAAUGUGCUCCGGCACUGGGUUUCAAAGCACUCGCAGGCCCACCUGAAAAGAGUCCUGCGUUUGUUUCGCACUGCCUGUCAGCCCCUGUUUGCUGCUCCCUCCUCCCUGUCCCAGCUCCCUUCUCCCCCUGAUUCGGAGGCUGCUAAAUUUGCUCCCUGCAAUGUCUUCCCUCCUCCACCCGCCGGGACGCCAACGCAAAAAGUUCAGUUUAUCAUUACGUCCAUAAUGAAGUCUGUUGUGCUCUUCAGUGCCCUUUCUCAAGAGGAACAAGAUGAUGCUCAGCUGAAGAUAGAGGACAUAUUACAGAUGGCGGAGAGUCCGAAGGCGGAGUGUUUUGAGUCUCUCUCUGCGAUGGAGCUGGCAGAGCAGAUCACACUGCUGGAUCACAUCGUGUUUAGGAGCAUUCCCUAUGAGGAGUUCCUCGGUCAGGGCUGGAUGAAGGUCGACAAGUCAGAGAGGACUCCGUACAUCAUGAAGACCAGCCAGCAUUUCAAUGACAUGAGUAACCUGGUGGCGUCGCAGAUAAUGACCCACACUGACGUGGGCUCCAGGGCCAGCUCCAUAGAGAAGUGGCUCGCGGUGGCUGAUAUCUGUCGCUGCCUCAACAACUACAACGGCGUGCUGGAGAUCACUUCUGCUCUGAACCGCAGCGCCAUCUUCAGGCUGAAGAAGACCUGGGCGAAAGUCUGCAAACAGACAAAGGCGCUCAUGGACAGGCUGCAGAAGACGGUGUCAUCGGAAGGAAGGUUCAAGAAUCUCAGAGAGACACUGAAAAACUGUAACCCUCCAUGUGUCCCGUACCUGGGCAUGUACCUCACUGACCUGGCUUUCAUUGAGGAGGGAACACCCAACUUCACAGAGGAGGGCCUGGUGAACUUCUCCAAGAUGAGGAUGAUUUCACAUAUUAUCCGGGAGAUUCGUCAGUUCCAGCAAGCACCUUACAGGAUAGAGCACCAACCCAAGGUGACUCAGUUCCUGCUGGAUAAGACACUAGUGAUGGAUGAAGAUACCCUCUAUGAGCUCUCACUGAAGAUUGAACCCAGAGUACCACCUGGCUAAUUACAACUAAUACACACACACACACACACACACACACACACACGAUAUACAUAUUUUCUGUCUUACAGUAUCAAUCACGAAUUACCACAACUUGAGAUUCUUUCUUAAUAAAGCAGGGGUUGUUCCACAAGACGCCGCCGGUUAUUGUGCUCAGGAAACUCAGGAGACAACGUGCCUUUGAAUGAAUAUCUGAUGUGUAUAUUUAGUAAAGCACAGUGAACUGUAUAACAAACACAACUCUGCCAUACGAUCGUACAGUUAUGACUGUAGAAACAACCAUGUUAGCUCUACUAUAAGGUGACCAGUUGCUGCUAUCACACUGUAAAUACCAAACAAUCUGCCUCCGUAGUCUCGCACACCAACGUCAGAUGAGUUUUACAUUAUUUGUACGAUGAUGGUCGGACUAACCUGGCUGCGGUCCCCCGGAGGCUGAAAUGAGCCCUGAGGUUUGCUGUGUGGUGGUUUCCAAAUUAAGUUAGGAAUACACAAGCUGCAGAAACAAGCUGCUUAUUCCAGUGGUUCCCAACCUGGGGGUGUGGACCCCCACUAGGGGUCGCCAAAGCUUCACGAGGGCUCUUGAUUUUAACGGGUGUAAGAAAACCUUUUCACAGUUGAUUCACAUUAAGAAAUGUAAAUGUAAAUGUAAUAUAGACAGAAAAGUUCCAGGAACAGGAAAUAAUCUGCUCAGAAUUCAUCCAAAUCACUCAAGUUACACAAAUUUCUUGCAAUUACUGAGUUCACUGUUCGGGUUAAUUGUACAGUUUUGUAUAUAAUGUGAAAUAUCUAUAAAAUAUGUCACUUAAGGGGUCGUCAGUUUAAUAAAUGAUAGAAAAAAGGGUUGGUAACCACUGAUUUACUCGACUGUUAGGGGACAGCGCUGAAUGUAAUGCGUCCCUGUUUUAACCCAAAGACGUCUUUUAAAUGAGGUACUGUAGUAAAGUAUCUUACCUUGACAGUUAAUAUUGAUUCCAAUAUUCCCAAACACAAUAUCAAUGAAUCAAAUGAACACAAACCAGUUUCCACACAGUGAACCUGAAGCAUUUUGGAGCCUCUGGCGGGGUUCAGCUCCUGUGUACGAUGUGUGUGUGUCACAAACCGCUGGAGCACAGUUACAUUUAAUCUACCUUAAUACUGACUCAUCUGUCCGUCGGUGGUUGUUGAUGCUCACAGGUGACGUUGCUCCAGCUCCGUGUAGUUUUCUAUCGGUCACUCUGUUAACACUAGCAGUUCAUGCGGUUGCUGUAAUCUUUGUAGUUUAUACACAUUCUGCACAAAUCUGAAAAUGUGCACAUCGCAAAUUUAAGAUAUUCAUCUUUCUUGACAAUCAGAAGAGUCUUUUUCAGUUUUAUAAUAUUCAUUUUGUACACAAUAAUCCAAUUUCUGCUCUUUUCUCGAAAGAGAAUCGGCCUGAAAGGUUUCUUACGAGCUACCGAACCCGACAGUUAAAGUGUGUCACUGUUAUUAUUAUUAAUAUUAUUAUUAUUAUUAUUAUUAUUAUUAUUAGUUCCUUGUCAAUGUGAUUAUUUAAUCAUGUUUUAAACCUUGUGGACUGUAUUAGUGGUAAUAUAUUUGCACUAUUGCUUUGUAAAGAAUGUCAAUAGACUCUAAACUUGACUAUAGCAUGAUGUCCCCUGUGUUAGGUUACUGUUAUCCUUCGACUGUUUCAUUAGGUUCAGUUCUACGUCAGGAAUCUGAAGAAAAAGGCUUCAAUGCAUUAGUUUAUAAGACCCUUGUUUUCUUACAUUACUUUGAAAUUCCAGUUUUGAUGUAUUUUUCCAUACGUUUCUCUGUGUGCUGUACAGAUAUUUACACACAAU